CCGUUGAGGUGGCCGCGUUACGUUUUCAAAAAUGUAUACGCAUUCGAAAUUUGAAUUAUUAUUUUUAAACGCCAUAUUGUUUUUAUAACCGAUAACGAUUCGUCGCCGCGAUUCUGUGAUAUGUUUUUGUUUUAAUUACAUCAAGUGACAAGUGAAAAAGUGCGCGUAUAAUAUCUGUUAAAAAUAGACAGUUAACAAUGCAGCAAAAUUUUCGUUGCAUUCUGUGAUUUGUGAUUUGGAUUACCGAUUAUGGAAAAGCCAUCGUAUAAGCUCGUCGGAGCGCCGUGUGGUCAUCAUGGGCAAUACACCUUCUACAAGGCACUGAGGUUGACUGGCUCCUUGGAGAGGAUUAUCGCAAUUGGAGAUUUCUUCUUCGUCAGGAUAUGGCAGGACUCGGAACUGGUUUCCAUAGGAGAACUUCAACUCUUAUGGACAGACCGCGUGUCCGACCAGACCCUGGUCUCCUUGAGGCUGUACUUCCUGCCGGAGAACACCCCUGAUGGACGAGGUCAACAGGGCCAGGACGAGGUCCUUGCGAUCAAUGAGAAGGUGGUACUUCGUGCUGAGGACCUACUCUCCUGGGUCUGUGAUGGAGGAGGCUGGAGGUGGGGCAUCCGGGCCGUUUGGAAGGAGGCUUGUGCCCCUCCUGCUGAGACUAAGCUGACAUCUCCCCUACACCUUACAAAGCUGGAUUUCAGCGAUGUGGAGAAAGAGAAAAGUACUAUGUCCCUGGAUGCAGACAGCCCAGGGGUGGUGGUGUUCUCAUACCCACGUUACUGUAGAUACAGAGCGAUUCUUGCCCGUUUAGAGGGUAUCCAAGCUGACUGGUUGAGGGACUCCCUGGUGGCCGCUUUGGGAGGUUAUGCGGCACCCACAAAUAACACUAGGAUAUUGUAUUGUAAGGACACCUUCGAAUAUCCAGAACUAGAAGGUCAUGAGUUCGUGUGUAACCAUCUAGCGCCAAAGAUGAAGGGACGCCCGCGUGGGCGGCGGCGAGCGCGGGCACGCGACCGUGACCACGACCCUGACAGUGACCGUGACUCGCGGUCAAGUGAUAGUGAUGCUGCGUCUCCAUCGGAUCCUAGGAUACAACGGCGGGUGUCUCUUCGAAUUGGCGCAGACAAGCCGAGUGAAGAUGAUGAAGGGGGAAAGGAGAAAGAGAAGGACGAAGCGUUCCUUCUAGAACUUAGAGAGUUUUAUAAGGAAGACGUUAAGAUUGUACACACCAAGUAUAAUUAUAUUUCACUACGAAAAUUGUAUUCACGCGUGAAGUCUUACGGCGGCUACGAGACAGUGUGUCGAGGGAGGAUAUGGUGUUUGAUAUAUGAAGGAAAACUAGCGCCGAGGGCAAAGAAAUUAUAUGAAAGAUACCUCUUGCCUCUGGAAAAUCACCAACGCCGCCAGAACUCCCGGCUCCUCCCGAAAAUCAACGGCAAAAUAGACGAUAAAACCAUAGACACGAUAGACGUCACAGACUCGCCUCUGCGUGACAUAGACAAACCGAUAGACAAAGCAGACAAACGACUGCGCACGCCGUCGCCCAAAGACAAAAUUAUUCUAGACAAUGAAACUGGUGAAAUAUUAAAAGACGAAAUUAAUGUAACUUCGAAACCGGCGGAAGAGCUGAACAGGGAGUUUCUAGAAGCUUUAUCCAAGCAGAAGGAGACGGAGGAAAGAGAAGAGAAGGAGAAAGUAAAGAUUUCAGUGAAGCCCGUAGAGAAAUUGAUUGAGAACGACGAUAAGGGUUUUCUGAAUGAAUUGACGCAGAAGUUGCAUUUGGGCAACACUGACACUACAAUAUUAAAAGAGCUGUCGGACGCGCAGAGCAGUGUUGCCAGCAAUGCGCUUACUAGCCUAUCGUCACUGAGUGAAAAGUACGCUGUAAACGGACACAGUGCUGUGCCCGCAUUGGGAAUUGAUCAGCAAAAGUCACGGCCGGUGGGGCGAAGCUCCCUCCGCGCAGUUCGAGUUAAGCCCAUGAGACCGCAACUGCCGUCCAGUACCCCUCCUCAAUCAUCAGUGACGGAAAAUUCACCGCCCCCACCAGCGCCUUUGACCAACUUCGGGAUCCAUCACCCCCCUGCGCCUCCCAGACAAGUUCCCCUCAAACCUUCAUCGCAUAGUGAUGAUGAAAUCGUCGAGGUCCCAUACAUACCAAAAACUCCAGAAAUAAUAGACCUAGAUGAAUAUCCCGAAAGCCCUCAAGGUGUUAAGAAGAAAAAACUAGAUAUUCUCAAGGAGAGGGGUUUGGAAGUGACGGCUAUACCCCCUGCACCCAUAUGGCCUCAAGUGUUAGCGACCCCCAUUGCGCCACUCAUAAAUCCCACCCCCGUUAUACUAAAUCCUGCGGUACAACACCAAAUCAUGACGCAAGCGCAGUUGUUCCAAAUGUACAAUAUUAUGCCUCCGAAUUACAACAAUGGCGCUGUACCACCCAGAGUCAUCCAAGCGACUAGUGCGUUCGGGUCUUCGGGCCCCGAAAAAACAGUCUACGGUAACCCAAAGGACCCGUUCAUGCCGCCCCCACACGUCCUACAAGGCACCCCCAUCAAACCCCAAAGAAGCAUACAAGUUGCCGGACCAACCCCCCAAGAUAUUCUGGAUCUUACGUGCAAAUCUCUGUCUCCCCCACCACAGAAACCAGCUGUGGAAAUUGUCAGAUUGCCCGCACAAUCGCCCUCGAAAACACCGACUCCACAAAACUUAUCCAAAAACUACACACUAGUGGAUGGAAAGGCCGUAGUCGGCUCCAAUUUAGAGAUAACGCUAGUUAAUCCCAAAACACCAACGCCGCCAAAACGACCCCCACAAAAGCGGUCCUCGAACGGCAAAUUCAUCUCGACAAAGACCCCCACGCCCCCCAAAGACUACACGAAACCAUUCCCGCCCCCGUCCCCGUCGGGCGUCAAAAAACACCCAAUAGUAGUUCCGAAUUAUCAAAUUUCCCGCGACGAUGUCUCGCCAACGAGUUCUACGGGCUCCAAGGAGUCCCAAAACAGUGUUCAGAACAAUUUAGCUAACGUAUUUAAGGGGCAGAAUUUGACCCAAAUGAUGGAUAUGCAGAAGAACGCGCCCCUGACUCCUUUUAUGGACCCGAUGUAUAUGAACGCGUUUUACAGCAGUCUGGGUCAAAUGGACCAACGUCAAUUAGCUCUCUAUAGAGACUUCAUGGCGAAUCAGUUCAGAGGAUAUUCGGGUUUAUUAAAUAUAGGAACGCCGACAACGAAAAAUUAGUGUAAAUCUAGUCGUUAAGCGAAUUUGCGUUAUGAAUAUAUAUUUCCAAAAUGACAGCUAUUUGAGUUUUUAAAUGGGUUUGACAAAGUUUCAUUUCUAAUACAAUUACGUGAGAAUGUGUCAAUAAUUAGUCAUGAGUUUCUAGUUUAGACAGACUCUUGCGAGCCUCCUGCGUCUCUGUCAAAAGACCGCUGUCUUUACAAUUAAAGACAUUUUUUUGCCUACUUCUGCUUUACAAAGGCAUUGUAGGGAAAUUCUAAAUCCAUUCCUAUUGAUCGUGUGAUAUAUUGCGUAGACACUCACGCGCACAACCUCUUACGCGAUUUGUGUUUAGUUUUUUAUGUAACAGGAGGCUCACCGGAUGUUUAGUGAUAACGCACGUGGACACUCACAUUGCCAGAAGGCUCUCAAGUGCGUUGCCGACCCUUUAUGGGACUAGAGAUUUCAUAAACCAUCAAAACAUGUUUCAUAUAUUUUUGUAAAAAUAGUUCGAAAAUUUUUCAUAGAAAAUCGAUUUGUUUGUCAGACCAAAGAUUAUAGAGUUAUUUCAUAACGCAAAUUAUUAUUGUGAUAAUUGUUAUGUGUGUUCCGAUCUCUUUAUUUCCAAUGCGAUGUUAUAACGCUGUAGUAUACCAAUUGUAAAUAAAUUGUAUAAAUAAUGGUAUGUUUUCCUGACCAACGGGAAAGUUGCCGUAAAAUGCCAAUUGCAGCUUUGUUUUAGUUACGGCAAUUCCUUUUGGUGAUGUUUUAGUUGAAUUUCAGCCAGUUCCUAUUAUCAACUUACGAAUAAUGUCAAAACGUUAUUUGUUGGGUGUAAAAGUGAUUGGUUUAGUUAGGUUAGAGUAAUAUUGUUCCUAGGGUAAUUUUUUAAUUCGCAAUGGUAUUGCGCUGACAGCUGUCACUUACCGUCGAUGACAUACGUCAGUCAUUCGCUGUACAAAAAUAAAGUUAUCAAAAUUU